UUUCGACACGAUGUGGCUCAUGCAAGAGCUUGCUUUUAUUGUACUUUUCGGCUACGUUGGAGCAACUGAAUUGAAAAUUGUGUUUUGGAUUGAUCCUUUGCAAGCAGGUAUUGACGUAGAUGUUGCCAGCGCAGUAAACGAAAUUGAGGCGUUGAACUUAGACACCCAGAUACAGUACUCUGUUGUCGUCAUAGAAGAAGAGGAGAAAAAUAAAGCGCAGAAUAUGGAUAAAUUUUGUGAGCGCCUCGCCAUGGACGGUGUUUCUGUGGUCAUCGAUUUUACCUAUCACAUCUGGCGAGAUGGACUCGAUCUACUGAGAACAUAUCAGAUUCCUUUUUUGCGAGUGGAACGCCUAUUGACGCCAUAUUUAAAAAUGUUUUCGCAAUUUAUAAUGCAAAAAUCCGGGCACGAAUGCAUCAUGCUCUUCGAGAACUCCCGAGACACCGAGGAAGCAAUAAUACAAAUCAUCGAAGGUUAUCACUUCCGCACCUUGGUGCUGAACGCAUUCGAUGAGCGCGAUUUUGUGCAACGUGUGCGACAAUUGCGGCCAACGCCCUCGUGUUACGCGCUCUUUGCCGGCGGCACGACAAUGAAUACGAUUUUUGAAAAGAUCUCCGAAGGCAAACUUUUCGAACGACCGCGCGAAUGGCAUUUCGUUUACUUGGACACACGCGACCGCGUCUUUAAGUUCAAGAAAUCGGUGGAGUAUGCAACUAAAUUUACAAUCAAUCCGAAGACACUAUGUCGGGCGCUAAGGAUGAAGGAUACUUAUUGCCUCAAAGGGUUUACGUUCCAGCGCGCAAUGAUUUUGGAAAUUUUACGCGGUUUAAUCGAAAUUAAGCAAACAAAUAUGUAUUGGUUGCAGUCGUUCGCAAUGGAAUGUAAUGGCACAAGCCCCAACCUAGAAACACCAACGGGAUUUGAUAUUUUAGACCAAUUCCCUUUGAGUGAUUUUCUGCAUUUUACUACCGAUGUCAGCUUUCCAAAGGACGAGUUUGAUCAUGUGCCACGUCUCACAUACUCACCAACGAUCAACAUAAAUUUUUACUCGAGCGAACACGAAGCAGUGACCGAUUUGGCGAUUUGGGAAAAUGAUGAAUUGCGUAAGAUCAAUGAGACAAUCAGUCCACCGAUGCGGUUUUUUCGUAUAGGCACGGUUGAGUCCAUACCAUGGAACUAUUUGAAGCGCGAUCCGCAUACCAAUGAACUGGUACUGGACGCUUAUGGCAACACAAUCUGGGAGGGCUUCUGCAUUGACUUUAUUAAGACGCUGUCGGAACGUUUAAAUUUCGGUUACGUUCUCGUACCACCCACCACGGGCGAAUUCGGGCGAUAUGAUGCUACAAACGAUCGUUGGGAUGGCAUUGUCGGCGACUUAGUUACUGGUGAAACGGACUUUGCGGUCACAGCUUUGAAAAUGUACUCCGAACGCGAGGGUGUCAUAGACUAUAUAGCGCCAUAUUUUGAGCAAACGGGUAUAUCGAUUGUCAUGCGAAAACCGGUGCGGCAAACGUCACUCUUCAAAUUCAUGACCGUCUUACGGGUGGAAGUCUGGUUCAGCAUAAUUGCCGCACUGGUUGGUAGUGCCAUUAUGAUUUGGCUGCUCGAUAAGUAUUCGCCCUAUAGCUACCGAAAUAAUCGUGCGGCCUAUCCAUAUCCUUGCAGAGAAUUCACAUUACGUGAGAGUUUCUGGUUUGCACUGACCUCUUUCACGCCUCAAGGCGGUGGUGAGGCGCCUAAAGCAGUUUCUGGGCGCAUAAUGGUCGCCGCUUAUUGGCUGUUUGUGGUGCUGAUGCUGGCCACUUUCACAGCAAACUUAGCUGCCUUCCUAACGGUGGAACGUAUGCAGGCGCCAGUACAAUCGUUGGAGCAGUUGGCGCGUCAAUCUAGGAUCAACUAUACCGUCGUAGAAGGCUCUAGUACGCAUCAAUAUUUUAUUAAUAUGAAAUUUGCCGAGGAUACACUGUAUCGCAUGUGGAAGGAGUUGACAUUGAAUGUGUCGGAAGAUUAUCAGAAAUACAGAAUUUGGGACUAUCCCAUCAAGGAGCAAUAUGGUACCAUACUGCUUGCCAUAAACAGUUCCGAGCCGGUCAAAGAUGCAAAGGAAGGCUUUCGCAAGGUCAACGAACAUGAGAACGCCGAUUUCGCAUUUAUACAUGAUUCCUCCGAAAUCAAAUAUGAAUUGACACGUAACUGUAAUCUGACCGAAGUUGGAGAAGUAUUCGCUGAGCAGCCCUAUGCCAUUGCCAUUCAACAAGGUUCUCAUUUUGCGGAUGAGCUAAGCUAUGCGCUACUGGAGCUGCAGAAAGAUCGCUUUUUCGAAGAACUUAAAGCCAAAUAUUGGAAUAUGUCACGCAUUAAAGCUUGCUCGGUGAACGAAGAGCAAGAAGGCAUUUCACUCGAAAGUUUAGGUGGCGUCUUCAUUGCCACACUCUUCGGCUUAGGCCUGGCUAUGGUCACUUUAGUGUUGGAGAUAUUUUAUUAUCGACGUAAGUACAGCGCAAUGCGACGUUUCAACGAAAUCACUAAAGUGAAGCCAGCCUCCACAUCGUCACUCAAGCAAUUGCUGCAGAAGAAGAAGCCAAAGAAACGUAUCGCUAUUUGGCAUACAUCGAAAUGUGAUAACUCCGCUGAGCAUACCACGCCUCCACCCGCUUUUGAUGCUAUAAAAUUUCGCGGCAAAAAGGUGCCACACAGCAUCACCCUAGGUGGCGAAGAGUUCAAGCCAAGGAAAGGGGGCUUGCGCCGUCUAAACGACAGUUUGGACAGUGUGAAUUAUGGAACAAAGGAAGAAAUACCAGCUAAUAGGGAUGAUGAAUUGCCGCCGUACACGGAAUGAAGUGCGUAUUUGGGAUAUUUUAGCUGAAUACUAAUUAUUUAUUUUAGUAAAAUUUGUGAGCUUUGAAGCUUUCGUUAGUGGAAUAAUUAAUAAU